AUGGAGAAUAUCGUCGCAGUUUACGAUCUCCUGGUAAUUGGAUGCGGGCCUGGUGGCUUUACUGCGGCUAUGCAGGCGUCACAGACGGGCCUACACACGGCCUGUGUCGACCAGCGUGCCUCGCUAGGAGGCACAUACUUUGUUAAUGGAGCGGUCCCGUCCAAGACCUUGUUAGAUGAGUCUUAUCUUUAUCGGCUGCUACAACAGCGAGAACAAAUUGAGGAACGUGGCGUGAAGCUACUUUCUGCAAAAUUUGAUAUGCGGGCAGCCCAGAGUGCACUUAAACAUAAUAUAGAAGAGUUGGGCAAUGUGUAUAAACGCGAGCUAUCUAAAAAUAAUGUUACUGUGUAUAAAGGCACGGCUGCUUUUGAAGACUCUCACCGCGUUAAGAUUGCUCAGCAGGGCGUGGACGAAUUCAUCGUAGAAGCGAAAUAUAUCGUUGUGGCGACUGGAUCUGCGGUUAUUGAGUGUCCUGGCGUUGUGAUAGAUGAUGAUAAGAUAGUCUCAUCCGAUAAAGCUUUGUCGCUGGAUUACAUACCUUCGCGUUUUACUAUCAUGGGCGGAGGUACAAUUGGACUGGAAAUCGCAUGUAUAUUCAAUAAUUUGGGCUCCCGGGUUACCAUCGUCGAGUCUCAAGGCGAGAUCUGUCAAAAUAUGGAUAAUGAGUUGGCAUCUGCCACCAAGACUCUCUUGCAGUCUCAAGGUAUAGUGUUUCAAUUAAAUACUAGAGUGCAAUUCGCGAAAACUGAUUCUGCCGGUCAGCUGAGCGUCACGCUGAUUGACAAACUGUCGAAGAAAACACACAUACAUCACUGCGAUGUGUUGAUGGUUUCUAUUGGAAGACGUCCCCUGCUAAAGGACUUAGAUAUUUCUAAUAUUGGCCUAGACGAACGGGAUUUUGUGGAAAACGUCGAUGUACAAACUCAAAGUCUGCUAAAGUACCCCCACAUCAAACCCAUCGGAGACGUCACCCUGGGCCCCAUGUUGGCGUUAAAAGCGGAACAACAGGCUAUAAGGGCUAUUCAAUCGAUAGGCUGCACAGAAUCCAUCGAAACCUCGAGUUGUGGUUUCCCACCAAAUGUGUUGUACUGCCAGCCCCAAAUUGGCUGGGUCGGGCGCACUGAGGAGGAGCUAGCAGAGUCACGCAUCCCAUAUCAAAAAGGUAAGGCUUUCUUCUCACAGAACGUUAGAUACAACACGUUACUAUCGCAGAAAGAGAACACUACAAUUUCUUCUUUCAUCAAAGUCUUGAUAGAUUCUCGUAACAUGAAAAUAUUAGGCGUUCAUAUGAUAAACGACGAUGCAAAUGAAUUGCUGUCGCAGGCGUCGAUGGCGGUGUCGCUCGGCCUUACUGCUCGCUGUUCAAUUGGCAAUGGCGAAUGA